AUUCAGCUACAGAAGUUCUCAUCAGGCAUCAAAAGAGCAAACAAACUCUAGUAGAAAGAUGUUGGCUUUGAUGGGCUUGAUUAGGGACCGCCUUUCCACUGAAUCAAGACCCAUGUUGGAUGCUCAUCCCGCUCCUUCGAUAUACAAACUGCAGCCUGUGUUCAUUCAGGAAGAGGACUUGCAGUAA